UACUAAUAGAUUUUAAUUUGUUACAGAGUAACCCGUAUGCCUUAAAAGAUACAAGUGGAGUCACAGAUAUGAGUUGGACAAGUGCGGGUCUGCAACCAACGACAGGGUAUUAUCCGUACGAUUCGACGUUAGCGGCUUACGGGUACGGUGCCGGGUACGAUCUAGCAGCGCGACGUAAGAAUGCGACUAGAGAAUCAACGGCGACCCUUAAAGCGUGGCUCAACGAUCAUAAGAAAAAUCCCUACCCGACCAAAGGAGAGAAAAUCAUGCUGGCGAUUAUAACGAAAAUGACGUUAACGCAAGUGUCCACGUGGUUUGCUAACGCAAGAAGAAGAUUGAAGAAAGAAAACAAGAUGACGUGGGAGCCCAAGAAUAAAACGGACGAUGACGACGACGCAAUGGUUUCAGAUAACGAUGAUAAGGAUAAGGACGACGAGGAUAAGCGAGACGAUACAGAUAUUCACGGCCGUAUUAAAUCGGAACGCAACGGCAAGGAUUUGGAUGACGACGAGCUGACAGACGAGGAAAGGAAAGAUGACAUUUUAGGUAGUCAAAUGCAUCACAUGCUCGGUUCCGCUUAUGGCCUUAAACCGGAAUUAAAAUCGCCAGACUGCGGCGUACCUCUGCCACCUUCCAAACCCAAAAUUUGGUCGUUGGCGGAUACGGCCGCGUGUAAAACUCCACCACCCCCACCUCCGUCGCAACAGCACUGGACUGGAAGCAACGGAUUUGUCUUACCCAGCUCGGCGAGAUACAGCACGGGUGGUUUUCUGCCGAGCCACUGCCAGCAGGGUUUCCCCGACGUCCAAACCGAUACCCCACCUCAAACACCACCCAACAUGAAGUUACCUAGCGUUGCGGGUAAUUUACUUCCGGGACAAGUUCCAUGUAUAGGCGGUUCGACAGGAAACGGCGGAUAUUCCCAAUCAAAUUUCCUCGGAGGUUUCAGUCGACUGCAAUCGCCGCAACGACCCCAUCCGUCGCAACAGAAUCAAGUCGCCGCCCCUAACACCGACAACGCUGCCUUCAAACCUUUUUAUAAGAGAUCCUAGCGGAGGUCGUCGGGCUGAACUUAAUGGGCAAAGUGCAACAAUAGUUAAAUCAGUGAGUGAAAGAACUCGCGGUCGAUUGCAAUAUGUUGUAUAUUUUGUGUAAAUGCAUUUAUUUAUAUCUGUGAUAAACAAA